CUUGAUUUCCUCAUCGCUGAAAUGGCAAUGAGAAUGCAAAGGACAUGGUGUCUGAGGGUGCCAGAGCUCAGGGCUGCCUGAGGCCACAGUGGGCACAAAGCCAGGUGAAUGAGGCCCUUGGAAAAGAUUUCCUGCCGGAGAAGCUACACACCCCACAUGUGACCCCCAAACAGUAUUCAGCCUGUUUACACAUUCCUUCCCAGAGGUAGCACUGAAUAAAUGAAAUGAGGCAGUCCCCAGGAUUCAGAUUCAUAUGCAGAGCUCCCAUACUGGCCUCCAGGAAGAAACAGGACUCCAGCAAGAAGCAAAGCUUAAAAAGCCUACAGGGUUCCCCUCCCCCAACCCUGCAGCCGCCUCUCUGGACAGAGGGAGGGGGAAGUGGCCAGAAGGGGAAGUGUGAGGAGUUCCCCUCUGGUCUGUCACCAGUCUCCUCAGGCCCUCGGAGCGGCGGCCAUGGCCAUGGAGCCUCUGGAGACACCCAUCAAGGACGGCAUCCUCUACCAGCAGCACAUCAAGUUUGGCAAGAAGUCCUGGCGGAAGGUAUGGGGUCUACUGUAUGCAGGAGGCCCAUCAGGCGUGGCACGGCUAGAGAGCUGGGAGGUCCGGGAUGGUGGCCUGGGGCCAGCAGGUGACAGGUCUGUGGGGCCUGGCCGGAGAGGAGAGCGGCGGGUCAUCCGCCUGGCUGACUGCGUGUCCGUGCUGCCGGCUGACGGCGAGAGCUGCCCGCGGGACACUGGUGCCUUCCUGCUCACCACCACGGAGCGAAGCCACCUGCUGGCCGCACAGCACCGCCAGUCUUGGAUGGGCCCCAUUUGCCAGCUGGCCUUCCCGGGCACAGGGGAGAGCUCCCAAGGAUCAGGGGAGGCAGGGGCUCCCAAGAGGGGCCUGGUCCAGAUGGAGGAGAACUCCAUCUACUCCUCCUGGCAGGAAGUGGGCAAGUUUCCAGUGGUGGUACAGAGGACGGAGGCAGCUGCCCGCUGCCAGCUGAAGGGUCCCUACCUCCUGCUGCUGGGCCAGGACUCCAUCCAGCUGAACGAGCCCGCCAGCCCCCAGGCGCUCUACACCUGGCCCUACCGCUUCCUGCGCAAGUUCGGCUCCGAUGAGGUGAGGUGCUGGGCGGCCCGCCCCACUGGCCCCGCAGGGAAGGGUAGCGGUUGGCGGGCGGCCCCUCAACCACUGACUCCCCGUGCCGCCCGUGCCCAGGGCGUGUUCUCCUUUGAAGCCGGCCGCCGCUGCGACUCGGGCGAGGGCCUCUUCGCCUUCAUCAGCCCCCGCUCCCGCGAGCUAUGCGGGGCCGUAGCCGCUGCCAUCGCCCGCCAGCGGGAGCGGCUCCCGGAGCCGGCGGGCCCCCAGCCCUGCCCACUGCCGCGGGCCACCUCCCUGCCCUCGCUGGAGCCUCCGGGGGAGCUGCGGGAUGUGCCCCCGGGGCCCGAGGGGCCCUGCUCCCGGAGGGCACGCGCGGCGGAGCCCGGGCCCCAGAGCCUACCCCCUCUGCUGGGCCCCGCAGCCCCGGACGAGCCGGCGCCCGUGCUCUACGCGUCGGUGUGCAAGCGGGCCAGCCGGCCUCCGGACGCCGCCGAGCACCUAUACGAGAACCUGUGCGUGCUGGACGCUGGCCCCGCGCCCGACGCCGGCUGUCUGGAGCAGGAGGGCCCGGGCGGCCACAGCUCCCUGGACAGCCCCAUCUACCACAAUAGCCAGGACCUGGGCUGGUCUGGCGCGGCCCAUAACAGCAGCCUGGAGGCCCAGUACCGGCGGCUGCUGGAGCUGGAGCUGGCCGACAACGGCGACGAGGCCGGGGUCUCCGCCCGCGCCGGCGCCCACUUGGGCUUCAAGGCCAAGCUGGUAACGCUGCUGAGCCGCGAGCGCAGGAAGGGCCCGGCUCCCUGCGACAGGCCCUGA